GCAGGCUCAUAAAUAAUUGGAUAAAUUUAGUCAAACAUGGUAGAUGAUAAACAAGGACCUCCAACUCAAACCGUCAACAUUCGUCGAUGGCUAGCAGUUGGAUUAAUACUCAGCACAAUAAUAAUAUGGGUCAUUAACUUCGCGACACUAAUCAAUAACGACUACCUCUACUUUCCUUCCAGACCGCGAGGUAUUGACGAUCGCAUGAGGGCCAUACAGAAGGAGAUUAUGAUAUCAAAGAAUAGAGUCGAGGACAGAUCUAAAGCCAUGGACAUUCUCAACUACACCAAGUUGUCUAAGAAUACCAAACCUAAAGUUAUUCUUGUAUACACAGAGUUUUUCAAGGAAAAAGUCUGGAGUAUUUUAAACUCUAGCGAAGUUUUUAAUCAAUGGAAUGGCGUAAAGUGUCCAUAUUUCCAGUGCAGGCUAACGUACGAUCACUCUGAGUUUCUAGCUUCUGAUGCGGUACUUUUCCAUGCGUUUGAGAUGCCAGGGACGUUUGCGCUUGCUAACUUAAAAAAACACAAACCUAAGCAUCAAAAAUGGGUAUAUUUUGGCUUGGAGAAUCCAGAUAAUAAUCCAAAAGCCGUUGGCCUUGAUAACUAUUUCCACUGGACGCUUAAUUACAGAAGAGAUUCUCAUUUCUUUUUCCCGUACGGGUAUUAUUACCCAAUCAGUGACUACGGUGAUGGUAGAGGACCAAACGCUGAAAUCAAUCUCAGGUAUAAGGAUAAAUUCGUAGUAUGGGCUGUCAGCCAUUGCGAUCUCCCGAGAGAUAAAUAUGUCCGCAAACUCAUGCAGUAUAUUCCAAUUGACAUCUAUGGACAGUGCGCAGUCAAAUUCACUGAUAAACCAACUGGAGAGUGCAAACCGAACUCACCCCAAUGCGACGAGCUCAAAAGAAGGUACAAGUUUCAGCUGGCGUUCGAGAACUCGAACUGUGUUGAUUAUAUUACUGAGAAAUACUGGGGUGCUGUUGAAAUGGGUAUCGUACCAGUAGUUCUAGGAGGGUCGAGUUAUGGAAAACGUCUAGCAGUACCUGGCUCUUUUAUCAACGUUAUGGAUUUCAAAACAGUCAAAGACCUCGCGAAUCACCUCAAAUAUCUUGAUGAGAAUGACGAGGCUUAUAUGAAGUAUUUUCAGUGGAGGAGACGUUAUAAGGUUGGGCCGUCUGGGCCAUGGACUUGUGCAAUGUGUGCUGCGUUGAAUAUGAACACUAAGACCGUACCAAUUGAGAAGCUGGAUGAUUAUUGGAGCAGUAAGAGACAAUGUGGCGUGAUGGACAAGAAGAUUGCCCAGAUUAUUAGAAAUACAAAGUCCAAUUGAAACUAAGAAAUCACCUACUAGACACUUGUAGUACGAGUGGAAUGAACAGAAAGAUAGCAUAACGUGGCAUUGCGCCGUUCAUCCAUUUAUGCAUGCAUGCAUGCAUGCAUCAAACAGAACUUUAUUUUGCACCAUUAAAUAUAUAUUUAUAAAAUAACUGUUAUGAAUGUCGCGUUCUGAU